CUGCAACUUGACAAUCAUGGCUUUGCGCCGGGGCAUGGCUUUGCGCCGGCGCAGGGCAGCAGCCGCUGCCAAAGCGCCGCAGGAGGCAAAAGCAAAACGGCCGCGCGGCAGACCUUACAAGUUCCAUCAGGAUGAAUGGGCCAGUGCAUCGAUCAGUGGCCGUGAGUGGCGUGGAGUGCUUCUGGUUUGUUCAGAUCUCCAUGCCAUGGAGGUGCUUCUGCACUUUGGAAAACCAGAGCUUCAUCAACGGAGGACCCCGCAGGCGUUGCUGGCUGUGCCCAAUGUGCUAGCGCGGCCGCAAGCGCUGCGUACGGCAGUGGAGGAGGCCAUCGAUCCAGGACUAUGGAAUUUGGCACGGAAACUGGUACCCGAUGCAGAUUUGCGCGGAGAGCUUUUGCGCUCGGCCUUGGAAUCCUUGGGGUGCGACUUGUGGAGUUUGGAGCAUCACUGCUGCCUGGCAGCUCUGCAUAUGCCCUACGGCAUCCAGGAUGCUGAAGUAACCAUUGCCUUUCCAAGUAGACUAGACUGACUACUAGACUGACUAGACUCCUAGGCAUGAUGGCAGAGCAAAAUUUGAGAGCUCGCAGCAUUGUUUUGGAGGGUUACGGGAAGUAUAUAAUUGAGUUCGUGCAGCUGGGGGAGCUUGGACCCCAUAUCAUACCCAGAGAGAAGACGGAGUCAGGAAACCUGCGCCAGAGUCAGGAAAUCGUGAGUCAGGAACCCCCAGCCUCUGAGUCGGGAAACCAAUUGGUCAGAGUCAGGAAACCUGGAAACCAGUUCACAAAAAAAAACAACAAUAGGAACAAGAUGCGAAGAAAUGAGGAGGAGCAGCAGAUAACUUUUCGUGGUAGGCGAAAGGAAAUCCUCGUGCUUCGGUGAGAAAAGCUGCGUUGGAUUAUCAAUGAUGCAAGAUUAGAAAACGAAGGAGGAGAAGGAAAAGAGAAGGAGAAGGAUGCAGCAAGAUGCAUAUGAGCAACGGCUUUUAUUUGCGGUAGUCAAGAUUAGUGGAAGGGGCGUUCCUUUUACCUUUCUAUAGCCCAAUGGCAGAUUUAGUUAGAGAAAUGAGAUAGGAACACCCCGAGAACGAG